AUGGAACCGUCAUCAACAACGCCGAGCUCGUGGGCAUCGCUGCCAACUGAAAUACGACAGCAGAUACUGAGCCAUAUAGGUUUACCUAUCCUUUGGGAGCGAAAUAGCAACCAGCGCCCUCCAAGGGUAGCCCGUUUUGCUACUAUUUGCCGGGAAUGGCAAGUGUUCUUCGAGACUUGCACGUUUCGUCGGCUUGUUCUUGACACGCACGCUCUCAAACUUUUUGAUCUGAUCAUCAGACGGGAUUCUACUCGUUUAAGAUACAUGAGGAAUAUUUGGCUGCGCAUUCAGCUCCCGCAUUAUUCGUGUUCCAGGUGUGAGGUACCAGAGGACGAGUUUGAGAAGCAGAUUAACAAUAUCAUCUUCACAAAUAGCAUACGGUUCCUCCUGGAAACUCUCAAGCUCUGGGAUCCCGCGAAGCAUGGCGCGAAGGGGCUGGAACUGAUGGUGUCCGCGAUGUCAACCGGCGAUACCUCGCAUCGAUAUAUCAUUGGGGACAUGCAAGACGACUAUCCAUUCCAUCCCGCUGAAGAUGCAGAUGUUCCGCCUGGUAUCGCUGGUGUCCACAGCUCUUACCAUAGGCGUACACACACCUUUCUAACCCAUAAUGGUCACCUCGCCUCACGGCAGGGAGGGCAUAUCAAAAGGAUCCAGGGGACUCCGCUUCGGCUUGAGCCCACCAGAAAUAACACCGGCGGCUUCAACGACGAAUAUAUUCUCCCUGCUGUGCCUAUGAUCAAGGGGCUGGUUAUGCGCAAGCAGAAUCGGAGGGAAAUUGACAUGAGGGCGCUGGCUUGUCUGCUUAGCCGAAGUCUUGUAUCGUUGGAGUGGUUCCGCCUCGAAAGAACUAUCCAUGCUAGCGUUCUUGAGCAAGUGUCUUUUGAACUAGCCUUUCAAACACACUUACUACCUUCUCUACCAAAAACACUGCGCCAAUUCUCCUUUGUUCAAUGGAAGAUCCCAUCAGGCGAGCGUGGGGACGUUCGGAGCGGAUUAGGGACAAUAGUAACUCCUUAUUCUCUCGCCUACCUGCCUCGGGAGAUGGCAAAGUUAUCUCAAAGGCUAGAACGGUUCUGCCCGCCAUGGCAAACAGAUACAGCUGCCUUUAUACAGUCUGUGAUUAAACUAGAAAAGUCACCUGCGACAGCUAGAAGCUCCCUAAAGCGCAUUAUCCUGCGUUUUGUACCCACAAGCCCAGAAGCAAGCAGGCGGGAGUUCGAGUCGGUGGUGAUCCUCGCAGCUAAAGCGGCUCUGUUGCUGCCUCAACUGGAAAUCUUUGAGCUUUGGGCUACCUGCCUUGAAAAAGGAGGCUGCGAUGCAUACAUCUUCCAAUAUAUCCAUAGCCCCGGUCGAGUCAGUAUCGUGUGGAGGAGCCUCGAACCGGCCACGAUCUGGCCGGGGAUCAUCACCAAGUGGAACGAGGUGGCCGUGAAGCACACAGACUCAGCGCUCGAGCACAGCGUAGUCCCCUUUUCGGAGACGAGGAGACAAAUGUACGACUCUGGUGGGACCUUCAUUUAUAAGCAUCUUCUGCUCAAAGGGUUGGCGUUUGAUCGAAUUACGCAGAUAAUUCUCGAGAGCCAAGUUUUUUACAGGUACUUGGGUGAUCCAAAUGAUGCAUCCAUAGAACAUCAUCCGGAUCUCGAC